AUGGUUAUCAAACAGUACUCUAAGGCGACUAUGGCACGGCAGCGGUUGCCGAUCUAUGGCAAGGGAGGAUCGGUCUCUCUGAUCUCGGGAACGCGCGUGAUUGAGGACGAGAUAUGUAUUCUGGAGAAACUAAAGGAGAAGCAGGUUUCUAACGUUAUAUCUCUGCAUGAGGUGUUGUCCUCUCCAACAGAGGAUCGCAUCAUACUUGCAUUUGAGUACGGCGGAUGCCAAAUAAUGCAGUACGCCUAUGGUAGGCCCCUGGACUAUGUCGCUAACGCAAGCAGCCAGCCUCGAGAUAUUUCCAGUGGGUCCUCUACCAUGGUAUAUGACGCUAGCAAGGCCCUGACACCUGGGCUGGUACGCCAGCUUCUAUCAGCUGUGUCCGAGCUACAUUCGAUUGGUAUCGUCCACAAAGACAUCAAGCCUGAUAAUAUACUGCUUCGUGGGGAUGAUUGGUCCUGGGGCCUCAGGGAUGCGGAAGAACAUGAAGAAGGGAACGGCCUGACGUCAUCCUCGUCCUCCACUGGUUCAAUACCGCAUCUUACUUUAUGUGACUUCAAUACGGCAGUAAUUAAAGCAGAUCCACGCGAUAUGGAGAUAUACGAUGCCUUGGGCACAACAGCGUUCUCCCCUCCAGAAGUCUUCUUCGGAAAGGACCCAGUUACUGGAGGGCUAUGCGGGAAAGCACGAGAUGUGUGGAGUGUUGGAGUUACUUUCUUUACGAUGAUGACAGGUAGACUGCCAUGGAGACCUACUGGUCAAGAGUCGACUCCGAGUAGCAACCUCACACUGCAACUGUCAAUUCUAAACGAUCCCUUACAAGUGCCGAGUGGAAUCCCUGAAGCUGCUCGGAAUCUCCUUGAGGGGCUCCUUCGGAAAGACCCCAGUCAUCGAAUUACUACUGCAAAGGCUCUAUUGCAUAAGUUUCUCGCAUACUCGACUGAACGCUACAUGUUCGUCAAUCCGAAUGCUCGCAGUUGUAGGUUGGGAAACACACGAUGGACUAGCUCGGCAUGUGGCCGGAUGAGUUACUUGCAAUUCUUGCAAGUUACCGCUCGUCUCAAGCUAACAGCACUUCGAAUUCGUGUUAAUGAUCGAUGA